UCUAGCUCGGUGCUAUAUUUAGCUAUUGAACGCAUGCACCUGAUAAGAGAAAAUAAACAUUUAUAUCCGCUAGGUUUAAAUGUCAGCGCCUUCUUUUUAAGAAGGUUUAAGUGUAAAAGGAAUUAACUUAAAACAACGAUUCAUUUAAUAUUAAACAACUUUUAUAGGUUGAAUCAGUUGAGGUGAUCUUCCUCCUAGUUUAAGUACUGCGUUUGCUGACUAAGAAGGCUUAAAGCAGUGUCAUUUAAAGCAAUAUUUUUAAUAAGGAACAAGGAAGACAAUUUAUUAAGCCGGAUUUAAAAUGCAUACUCAAGUUGCCGGAAGUGCACAGAGCACGAGAUCUGCUGAACGCACCAAGAGAUGUAUCCGUAUCUCAGCAUGGGCCACGCGAUUACUAGCUCUUCUCAGCAUCGUGUUUUGCAUCGUGGCGUUUGUGACCAUAGGAGAAGUUGUGUUUGGAAUCUUCAUGAUUGUCACAAUAAUCCUUAGCGUUAUGAGCCCGUUAAACUUCAACUGUUGCUGCUAUUCGGAUUGUUCAAGAAACACGAGGACUGAGAAAGCAAUUGGACAUUGGGCUGUCAUUGUGUGGAUGUUCAUGAGCAACAUGGGAUAUGUCAUAAUGUUUGGGUACAGCUGGUACUUCUGGCUAGCAUCUAGAGAUAGCUACUACUAUAGAGGUUCCAGAUAUUAUGACAAUUAUAACUACGAUUAUAGCUACUACUACGCGAAACACGACCUUGCUUUGCUGGACACAGUAUUUGCAAUGUCUCUGCUUAUCACUUUCUUCCUAUCGAUAUUCAACCUUUACUCGUUUUGCCUUGUCUACAAGUACGGAUGUUGCUUCAUGAAUGAAGUCGAUAAGGAACAUUCCCAGCAAAGCGUUGAAACGGCAGUCGUGAUGAAUCAGCAAAUAUCUACGAUCGGAGUUGGUCUUCCAAUUAACGGUGUGCAGUUCACAAAUGCUGCAGUGGGUGCUCAGCAACCGUUUACAAGCCCUGGGAUGCAAUACCCACAAUACCAGCCAUAUCCUGCUGGACCUUAUUACAUGGCUGCACCUCCCCAGCAAGCAAUUGGUGUUACAACGGACUCAGUUGGCGUGUCUUUUCUACCAACAAUGGCGGCUGCAUCUGCACAGGCUUCCAGCCCUCCACCAUACGCUGAAGCCGAUCCGAAUGAAAAACAACCACAGUGAUCGAAUACCAAACCUCGUAUCUUGCCAAAUAUUCAGAGGAAUUUAAGACGAUAACAUUGAUAAAACUAAAAAAAAAAUUGUUUAAAUUCAAUAUUGAAACAAAGUUAUUUAUUCAAACAACAUUUAUUUAACGAGACAAUCGACUCUGUUUGUUUAAAACAAAGUGAUGCCAAAUAAAUUGAUCUGGAUUAUAAUAGUAUAUAUAUUAUCGGCGUAAACUUUACCUUAUUUGCGUAAUGUAUAUCUAUACAUCUAAAACAUAUCCGUCAAAUAUAUGUAUAAUAUUUCUUCGUGAAGGAAGCACUGUCAUGCGAUAGAAAAAUGUCCCAAACUAUAUAAAAGUACUUUUGUUUCAUAUUGACAUUACCCCUGGAAAUUACUUUUCUCCGAUGUAUAUAUUUAUCACUAAAGGGAAGUAUAAACAACUUAGUCGGACAUUGACCAGACGGUGAAAAACAAUGAGUGAAAACAUAAUGUUAAUCUGGAUCUUUCGAUUGUUUUUUAAAUUGUGAAGUAAUCUAUGUUAUUCAGAAUAUGUUCAAUGUAUAUGAUUGCAAACACGUGACUAUAUUUCUUUUAUUUUAUACAUGUUCUAAAUUGCACAUGUGUACAUAAAUAUCCGUACAUAC